AUGGCUGUCGCCGGAGCGUCGACUUCCACGUCAAGCCCUAUCAACAGGAGCUUGUCCGUUCUUAUAGUCCUGCUGGUGCUCCUCGGCGCCAUCUUCCACGGGGUCUCCCGCCAGCCAGAUCCCCACCGAUGCCGGCAACUCCUCGAGGAUGGCAGCUGGCUCGAGCCGCCUGACGCCAAUGGCACGCGGACCCCUUUCAAGAACUGGCAGCCACGCGGCUGCAAGCUUCGACAGUACUCCAACGAGGACAUUCACCAGUGCAUGGAGCACCGGCACAUGGUCUUUUCGGGAGAUUCCACCACCCGCCAGGUCUUCUGGGCUAUGGGCCGUCUGCUGGACAGAGACCUGGCCAACGAACGCCGCCGGACGGCCAAAGCCCACGAGGCCUACGACAUGGAGUUUGACGGCAUCCGCAUGCUGCAGAUAUGGAACCCCUUUCUCAAGGUUGGCGUCGAGACAAAGGAACAGCGCGACUUGACCCAUCAACUCGACCUGUGGCAGCGGGAGAGGCAUAACAACGUCCCAGUUGCCGACCAGAAGAGCGCCGCUCUCAUCCUGCUCGGCUUCGGAAGCUGGUACGCCCUUGAAAUGUUCCACGACGAUGCCGUCGGCAACUUCUCCGACGCCUUCCUCAAGGCCACCGAGGUCAUGAAGUCGAGCGACCUGCCGCCCUUUGGCUCUGGCCCGAUGGUGCCGCGAGAUGGCCUGGGUAACGAGGUCUUCGUCGCACCCGUCGCCCCGCCGUUUUACGACAAGCUGCCGUCCUCUCGAACCGGCCCCAAGGGCAUUCACAAAGGUGAAGUGGAGGAUAUCGAUCAGUUCCUCGACAGCGUUGCCGACGAGAAGCGAAUUCCCCUGCUCCGGGCAUAUCCUGCUCUGUCCAGAGACCAGCGGGGUACCAUGGUAGACAUUACAGACACGGGAUUCCACGUCAUUGACUCGGUUGCCGAGGUCAAGGCCACGAUCCUCCUCAACGCUCGCUGCAACGCCAAGCUCCACGCCCUCGACGGCUCCCCCUACGACGGCACGUGCUGCACCGACUACGGCCGCACCACCUUUGUACAGUUAGUGCUGCUCGGAAUGGGCGUCUUGUACGUUGCGGUCUGCGUGGUCCUCGAGGUCUUCGACAUGUUGGGUCGCAAAGUCAACAGCCCCUUCUUCAACUGGAGCGCCUGCAUGCUCAUCACGGCGUUGCUGGCCUGCUUUCUCGCGGACCGCACCCAGGUCUUUGCAAAGGGGAACAAGCAGUACGUCGCUAGCGAAUUUGCCGUGCUGUCUAUCCUGUCUGGCGUUUUGGGUGUUGUCACGAUCCGGAGGAUGAGCCCUCGGCGAUCCGACACCGACACGUCGACUUCGCCAGCCACGCUUGACGACGCGCCGCCCCUGUCCCGAGACCAGACCGACGAGUGGAAAGGUUGGAUGCAGGCUGCUAUCCUGAUAUACCACUGGACCGGCGCGUCCAAAUCGCUCCCCAUCUACAUAUGCAUCCGCCUCAUGGUUGCCGCCUAUCUUUUCCAAGUCGGCUACGGGCACACCGUCUUUUUCCUCACCAAGAAGGACUUUUCCUUGCGGCGCGUGGCGGCUGUCUUACAGCGGCUUAACCUGUUGAGCUGCGCUCUGCCGUACGUCAUGAACACCAACUAUAUGCUGUACUACUUUGCUCCCCUCGUCAGCUUCUGGUUCGCCAUCGUAUACGCCACGUUGGCCAUCGGCUCCGGCUACAACGACACUGGCAACGCUGUCAUCGCCAAGAUCGCCAUCUCGGCGUUCGUCGUUGCGGCUGUCUUUUUGUUCACGCCCAUAUCGGAGUGGGUGUUUGCCAUCUUGCGGGCCGUCUUCCGAAUUGAUUGGGACCUCCACGAGUGGCAGUUUCGCGUGUCCCUCGACAUAUUCAUUGUGUACAUCGGCAUGCUUGCGGGCAUGGCUUCGGUGCGGAGCAAGCUCUGGAGCCGACUGCUCGUCGAGACCAAGUUGUCUGGGCUGGUCGGGCUGGUCAUCGUGGCCGGGUACUGGUACCUGAGCAACAGGUACUUUGCGACGAAGCAGGAGUACAACUGGUGGCACCCUUACGCCUCCUUCGUCCCCAUCAUGGGCUUCGUUGCAGCCCGCAAUGUCGCCGCCCCGGUGCGCGUCUUUUACUCGAGGGCGUUUGCCUGGCUGGGCCGCUGCUCCCUGGAGACGUUCACGCUGCAGUUCCACCUGCUCCUCGCCUCCGACACCAAGGGUGUUCUUCUCCUCGACGGUCUCGCGGGCGACGGGAGUCUGGCGGCGGACAGGUGGCGACACCUCAUCGUCAUCGUUCCGUUCUUCCUGUGGCUCAGCCACGCGACGGCCGAGGCCACCGGGGACCUGACGACGCUCCUCACGUGCGCAACUGCCGAGCAGGUCAAGCCUGAAGAUGUCGGCGACUCCGAGUCGCUCCUGCCAGGAAGUAGUGCUGACGGCGGCGGCCUGGGGCGUUUUCGGAUCCCGCCGCUUCUGCGACGGUUGACGCCCAAGGCGGUGCGCGACGAUGAUCCGAGGGUAUGGAUGGCAGGGCUCGGCGGACUGAUGUGGUUCCUGAACCUGGUUUACUAA